AUGAACUGUGCCUUUUUUCUGCUAAAUCACAACCCUAUUCUCUUUCCUGCGUCGUUCAAUUCCUUGAACAUCAUAUCUGCUUUAGUGGCACUUUUCGAAAAGAGAAUGUCGUCCGCAGAACGAAGCUGCGCUCGUGGAGUGCAAGCCGCUCAAUCUCAGCUCGUGUCGCCCUCGUCCUAUCCAGAUUCAAUCACCGUGGCUGGCUCGUACUACAAUAUCCUCUGCAAUCAUCCUGGCGGACUUAUGGUCAACCUCAAGUUCUAG